UUGCAGAGUUUUUAAAAAUAAAAAUAAAAAAGAAAUUUUCCUGUGAAAAUUGCUGUUCUGUUUGGUUGCUGAGAAAAUUUGAAACCAGGGGACCGAGCGACCUUUUCAGGAUCUCUGGAAGGUUCUGAAAGGUGGGGCCUCAACCCUCGUUGAUCGGCCUCACCGCUGUCUGCUAGAGUCCAAACACCGUUUAUGAGCACGAGACCCCCAAUUUCGAUACAGUGUGUGGAGUAGGAAUAAGGUGUAUGGAUCCUACUCUGAAAUUCUCUAUCCUGCUGUUGCUUCUCGGAUUGGGCUGCUAUUCUUGGGGUUCUCAUAACUCAUCCACAGCUGUGAAUGCCUCUCCUAUUAAGAAUGAUUUUGAGCAUUGUGAAAGAGUUGUCAAAAAAUGGGCAUUUUCUUCACUUCAACAAGAAGUUAAAGAAGACAAACACACACUGCGGGAUUUGCUAUUUUUCCUUCACGUCCCCAGAACAGGAGGGCGUACAUAUUUCCACUGUUUCUUGAGAAAGUUGUACUAUAGCUCUCUGGAAUGCCCUCGAUCGUAUGAUAAGCUUCGAUUUGAUCCUAGAAAACGGCAGUGCAGAUUGUUGGUUACUCAUGAUGAUUAUAGUAUGAUGUCCAAACUUCCCAGGGAGAGAACAUCAGUAGUGACAAUACUUAGGAAUCCGGUUGACCGUGUUUUUAGUACUUACGAAUUUUCGGUAGAGGUAGCUGCUAGGUUUUUGGUGCAUCCUAACUUAACUUCUGCAACACAAAUGACAAGACGUAUACGGGCAAGGACUAAAGGAGUAAGCACGCUGGAUAUUUGGCCAUGGAAAUAUUUGGUUCCAUGGAUGAGGGAAGACCUUUUUACUCGGAGAGAUGGUCGAAAGCUUAGGGGCUCAAAUAACUUUCAGAGCAAGGACCCAUACAACAUGGAAGAAAUUGUGAUGCCAUUACACAAGUUCAUCAAUCACCAUAUAGCUCAAGAAGUUGUUCACAAUGGAGCAACAUUUCAGGUUGCAGGAUUGACAAACAACUCCUAUCUAUCAGAAGCACAUGAAGUGCGCCAUUGUGUACAGAAGUAUAAACAUCUUGGUGAUCAUGUCCUACAAGUCGCGAAGAAGAGGUUGGAUGAUAUGUUAUAUGUUGGUCUCACUGAGGAGCACAGAGAAUCUGCAACAAUGUUUGCGAAUGUAGUUGGUGCCCAGGUGAUUUCACAGCUGGGAGGAUCAAAUUCUAGUGAGGAGAGUGCUGCUGACAGCAAAUCCGAACAGAACUACUCAGAUUCAGAUUCAGAUUCCAAGCUGGAUAGUAAUGAUCUUCUGAACAGAACCCCAAAUGGGAAGGAAAGUGAGUUUGCUUCUCCUGAAACUGUUGAACCAGCGAAAGGAAAUAUGACUGUGGAAGAACUUAUGGAAGCUUAUGAAGACUGCAUUUCUAAUUUACGGAAGUCUCAAACACUCCGGCACAACGCUUCUUUGAAGAGAAUCUCCCCGGCAAACUUUACAAAGGAGGCACGACUUCAGGUUCCUGAAGUGGUCCUCCAGCAGAUAAGGCAACUUAACCACCUUGAUUUGGAGCUUUAUAAACAUGCACAGAAUAUCUUUGCAAAGCAACAUAAGCGUAAUUUUGGCAUCACAGAAAUUUGGCGGAGGAUGCUGAAGAGCUCAUAUGGCACAGGCAUAAAAGUCCUCUCAUUAGGCGCGACUCUUGUUUUACUCCUUUUGGCCUUCCAUGUAUUUGUUAACGCGAAAAGAAGAACAUCAAAAGUUAAAGUAUGAAUAUAUCUUUCAUAGACUGUAAGGAUCACAGUGUUAAAAUUAUUGGGAAAACUGAUAUAGAAAGGGAUCACGUUGCUUUAGUUUUCA